AUGUUCGAGAAGCUGCCCAAAAUCUACAAUGUCUACUUCCUGGCGUGCGUGUCCACGAUGGGUGGUAUGCUCUUCGGCUUUGACAUCUCGUCGAUGAGUGCCAUCAUCGGGACUUCCCAGUAUCUCGAAUACUUUAGCAAUCCAGCUGGCAUCGCCCAAGGCAUCAUCGGCGCAGCUCUCGCUCUGGGAUCCAUCAUCGGCUCCUUAUUCGCAGGUCCACUGUCGGACUACGUUGGACGCCGCGACGCUCUCCUCUAUUCAUGCAUCUUCUGGCUCGUCGGCACAGCCGUCCAGACAGCCACCACCAGCCGAGGUAUGCUGAUUGGCGGCCGGGUCCUCAAUGGCAUUACCGUGGGAAUCACGUCCUCCCAAGUCCCUGUGUAUCUUGCGGAGAUUGCAAAGCACUCGCAGCGUGGCACCAUUAUCAUAAUCCAGCAGCUGGCGAUCGAAUGGGGUAUCCUGAUCAUGUACUUCAUCGGCUACGGCUGCUCGUUCAUCGACGGCGAGCACUCGUUCCGCACAGCCUGGUCCAUGCAGUUCAUCCCCUGCGUCUUCUUCAUGAUUGGUCUGCCCUUCCUCCCGGAGUCCCCAAGAUGGCUCGCCAUGAAGGACCGCACGGAGCAGGCCAUCCACACACUGGCACACAUCCAGGCCGGCGGUGACCUCAAGGAUCCCUACGUCGUCGCUCAGUACGAGGAGAUCGUCACUGUGCUCGCUGCUGAGCGUGCCGCGCUCAAGGGAUGGCGGAAGUUCGUCUACAACGGCAUGUGGCGCCGCACGCUCGCUGGCUUCUCCGUUCAGGCCUGGCAGCAACUGUCAGGAGCCAAUCUGAUGACAUAUUAUGUGGUGUACAUCUUCUCGAUGGCGGGAUUAUCCGGCAAUAUCAACCUGGUAGCCGGCGGAGUGCAGUAUGCUCUCUUCAUCGUCUUCUCCUCGAUCAUGUUCUUCUUCGUGGACAAGAUUGGCAGACGAACGCUGCUCGUGAGCGGCGCGCUGGGUAUGGCCUUCUGCCACUUUGUGUGCGGCGGUAUUCUGGGCGCACACGGCGUCGCCGUUCCCGAGGGCGUCAAUGGCGACGCGAACAUCCUGAUCCGGGUCACCGGCUCGCCCGCCUACACCGUCAUCGCCUUUUCGUACCUGCUGAUCGUCAUCUACGCGCUCACGCUGGCGCCCGUGUGCUGGAUCUACGCGGCCGAGGUGUGGUCGCUCGAGACGCGCGCGACGGGCAUGGGCGUCUCGGCGAUUGGUAACUGGCUGUUCAACUUCGCCAUCGGCCUCUUCAUACCGCCCUCCUUCCGCAACAUCAAGUACGGCCUGUUCCUGCUCUUCGGCGGCUUCUGCGUCUUGGGCGCCGCGCAGUUCUACUUCACGUACCCGGAGACGUGCGGCAAGACUAUCGAGGAGAUUGAGGUGCUGUUCAGUGACGACGGGCCGCACGCGUGGAAGACAAGAAAGGGGUCGGAGCGGCUGCAGCACGAGAUUGAGGGCGUGGCGACGGCGCAGGCGAAGGGUGCUACGCACAGCGAGAAGGUUGAGGUGUGA